AUGGAAGGCUAUUCUUGUUCUAAUGAUGGAGAUACAUGUGAAUAUAUCAUGGAUUAUGGUCGUGGAACAAAGACAAAAGGAUAUCUUUGUAUGGAUACUCUUACAUUAGAUUUCACCUCUGGCUCUGUUGUCUCAUUUUCUAAAAUCAUAAUAGGUUGUGGACACACCAAUACAAUGACGUUUGAAGGUCAAAGUUCAGGUAUAAUCAGCCUUGGACCGGGGAAUAUGUCAAUGGUAAAUCAAUUAGGAUCUUUAAUUGAUGGAAAAUUUUCAUAUUGUUUAGUCGUCAAUGAUUAUUAUAGAAAGUUUAGUUUAUCUAGCAAACUCAAUUUUGGACAUGUUGCUGUUGUUUCUGGUGAUAAUGUUGUUUCAACUCCUUUCGAUAAAAAACAACACAGUUACUUUCUAAGCCUGAAAGCAUUUAGUGUGGGAAAUAAAAGAAUAAAAUUUGAAGGGUUUAAAGGAGUAAAUUCUUCUUAUAACAUCCUGUUAGACUCUAGUACACCUCUUACUCUUUUACCAAAAGAUUAUUAUUAUUAUUAUAGGCUAGAAUCAACUGUUAUAAAAGCGGUAGAAUUAGAGCGUUUUCAAGAUCCUGCUGGUUCAUACAGGCUUUGUUAUAAUACCACAUCCUCUCAACAUCUAAAAUUUCCUGAAAUUACUGCACAUUUUAUUGGUGCAGAUGUUAAGUUAGAUGUUAGUAGCGCUUUUGAGUUGCUAUACAAGGGGAUACAAUGUUUUGCUUUUUUUCCAUUUAAAAAUGGAUUUGGCAUCUUUGGAAACGCGGCACAAGUGAACUAUUUGGUUGGUUAUGAUCUCAAAAAGAAUAUUGUCUCAUUCAAACCUACUAAUUGCUUCUCCGAUAAUCUUCGGGUGGUUGCUCUUUUAUCAGGCUUCUCCGACAAAUUAGCCGCUACUGAACAUUCUGUGUUUGAAACCGAUUUUUCAUCUUUGUUGAUUUUGUGUUGUUUUGGCGAUGAUGUUCUUCUACAUUAUCGGUUUCACUGUUUCGGUUUGAAGGACCAAAAAUGGUCGCGUUUGCUUGUUGGUUUCAAUAGUUCACUGGAUUGUGCCCGGGAUGUGUAUUUGAACUGA